AUGGAUGCUGCCUUCAACCAUGUUGGCAACCACCUGAUCUCCGAUUCUGCUGACACCAUCAAAGCCGGUGGUUCUGAUGACCUGUCCAAUAUCGACCCUGAUGAGAGUCUGCUCUACGGAAAAUCUGGUGGGCGCAGGGGAACUGGCACCGGUCGUCGCCGGACCGACGACGACGAUGGCGAGACCGAGCUAGGCGACGAUGACGAUGACGAGAGCCUGGCAAGCGUUCCUGUCAGCGCGAUGAAGGGUGUGCGGCUCACCGAGGACGAGGACGACAAGGAUCUCCCCGCGCAUGCCUGUGCCUACUGUGGCAUCCACUCACCAGCGUCUGUUGUCAAGUGCCUAUCCUGCAGCAAGUGGUUCUGCAGCGGCCGUGGGGGCACCAACAGCUCGCACAUCGUCAACCACCUCGUCCGCGCUCGGCACAAGGAGGUCCAGCUGCACCCGCAGUCCGCUAUGCAGGACACGAUUCUGGAAUGCUACAACUGCGGAACUCGCAAUGUCUUUAUGCUGGGUUUUAUCCCUGCCAAGUCCGACACCGUGGUCGUGCUCCUCUGCCGUCAGCCCUGCGCCGCCAGUACAUCUGCAAAAGAUAUGAGCUGGGAUGUGUCGCGCUGGCAACCUCUGAUUGAGUCGCGCUCGUUUUUGGACUGGCUGGUCCCUCCCCCGUCGGACGCCGAACAGCUGCGCGCCCGCCAGCUCAACCCUCCGACCAUUGCCAAGCUCGAAGAGAUGUGGAAGGAAGAUGCCAACGCCACCGUUGCGGACCUAGAGAAAGCUGCGAACGUCGACGACGAUCCUCAUCCCGUCCUCCUCCAAUACGACGAUCCCUACCACUAUCAGAACAUCUUUGGUCCUUUGGUCAAGAUGGAGUCCGACUACGAUAAGAAGCUGAAGGAAGCUCAGGGGGAAGAUGGUCUGGUCGUGGGCUGGACCGUGGGCCUCAACGGCAAGCACAUGGCGAGCUUCAUCCUGCCCAAGAUGGAGUCAGGCGAUGUCAAGCUCGCAGUUGGUGACGAGAUGCGUCUCAAGUACAAGGGCGAGCUUCGUCCUCCCUGGGAGGGCGUCGGCUAUGUUAUCAAAAUCCCCAACAACCAGAGCGACGAGGUGACCCUGGAGCUCCGUAAGACUGGCAGCGAGAAGUCUGUCCCGACCGACUGCACCCACAACUUUUCUGCCGAGUACGUCUGGAAGGCCACGUCUUACGAUCGUAUGCAGCUCGCCAUGAAGACUUUCGCCCUCGAUGAGAAGAGUGUGUCUGGUUUCCUGUUCCACAAGCUGCUUGGUCACGAAGUUCAAGUUGCGCCGACGAGGCCGCAGAUGCCCAGGAAGUUCACUGCGCCGAACCUUCCAGACUUGAACAACAGUCAGAUCAAUGCCAUCAAGGCUGUGCUCUCUUCGCCUCUAAUUCUCUCCAAGCAUGAUCUCUGGCACCACCUGCUGGUACACUUCAAGGACAGCAAAUGCCUUGUUGAGGGCCCUCUUACGAACCUCCAGACUUCUCUACUGCAGUUCAGUCGACCCAAGACGGCCUACCGGGCCCCGCGGUCUGGCCCCGUUGGACAACAAACAACUGGCUAUACCAAUGGCCGCUACAACGGAUUGAACGGGUCCACCCGCGACUUCGACUCGCAAUCCAUGCUCUCAUAUGUUCCGGACGACGUUUCCUCGAUUCACAGCUCCGCCCUGGGAGGCGCUGGCCUUAACUCGGCCUAUCCCCACAUGUUCUCGAGCUUCAGCCCUGACGCGUGGCCUGGCUUGCCUGGCGUCAACGCACCCGGUCGGUCGAAUGGAAGGAGCCGAGGCCGAGCUACCGAGAGCGUGGCGGGCGAAAGCGUGGCUAACUCUGAGUUCACUGAUGGCAGUGCCAGUGUGAUCGGCGGCAAGGGUAUCGGUCAGGGUGGCGCCAGUCUUGGAUCAGGCUUGCAAGAUGCCAUGGGCUUCUCCCGUCCUACUUCCUACAGUCAGAGUGAUCGACUUCGCCAGUAUGUCGAGGGUAUGAGCGGUGGCCGCAUGGGACCGAGCAACGGAUACCUGCGCAGGGACGAUGACGAGAAGAGCAUCAGCACUGCCUUCCACAGCCAGAUCGGCGGGCCCGGAUUCGACGGAAUUUGAUUUGCUUGACGAAAACCGCGAAUGACUCUUGUUCUUAUAGUUAUUUGCCACAGUCUUCACUGCCUGUCCUGAGGCACGGUCUUACCACACCAUCCAGCCUCUCGUUGCCUAGUGCAAGGAAGAGCAGUACUGCUCUGCGGUCAGAACGGCCCACGUCACAGUCAACUGUGCGGAACGAGAAAAUGAGCAGGUCGCCAAGCAACAUAGCCAUACGACAAGGCUGGUUUGGACGGUUUACCUCGUGCUCCACGGUCAAGCCCGCGACCAGUCACGAUGACCAGACGCAAUACGGAUCGCUCGUCCGUGUCAUGCAACAAAGACAAAGCUACGAGGACAACCCCAGCGUUGGCUAUCUACUUCAUGUAUGCCUGACGAGCAAAGGACGCCACACAAAACUGGUGUGCUGUCGGGGUGUGGGAGGCAUGGAGAAGAAGACUCAGGACCAUCAUCCGUUCUAUGCGCAGCACAAGGGGGUGGACAUGGCCGGUUCGAUCUACAUGAUUGGCAUCAGGCUUCUCGAGUCAAGAAAUUAACAUAUUUCAUGCUCAGAGACCAGUGGUACGGGGAUCUUUCUGUUCAACAUGGGGGGUCCAAAGCCAAUCCGCACGCCUUGUGGGACAACAUGCCUUUGGGGGAUAUGGAAUUAGGGGGGAAGGAGACCCGAAAAUGCAAUAGUAACAGUUCAGUCUUUAGUUAUUCGCCUCGGCAAUAGUCACUCCUUUUGAUCAU